AUGAAGUCCUUAUUGGUCACCGUUACAAUCUUUAUGCUCCUGGCCCAACUGAUUGCAGGUAACUGGUACGUGAGGAAAUGUGCCAACAGGACGGGAAAUUGCAGGAGCACGUGCAGAGUUGGAGAGGUGCAAAUACAGCCGGCCACGGGCAUCUGCAGCCAAAAGAAAGUGUGCUGCAUUCUGACCAGCCAAAACUGCGGCGGUGAAGGAGUCGCGCCGGGCGGAGGAGACGCCGCGGGAGGUGGAGGGACCGCUGGUGGAGCAGAAGAGGCCCCGGCCACCACCGCGGCCCCCGCCGAGAGCGAAGGCGAGGCCAAGGGCGAGGCUUGA